UCAUUAUAAGGUGGCUAUAUAAAAUAGAAUUUUUUUCGCUUUCGUGUCACAUUCGUUUGAGUUCUUACUCGGGCAUCUUCUACGAGUAUUACGGUCUGCAAUAUUUAGUUGCUACAGUGUAUGCUGUUCGUCAAAAAUAGUCAACAAUGCGUUUACAUAUAUUGCUGGGGAUUCUAAUCCUAUACGUCGCAGCUUCAACGGCUCAAAAACUAUCAUCCCAGGCAGCGGCUUUAGAAAGAUUACUCGAAGGAGUAAAUCAAUUCUCAGGCGAAUUCGUUCAGGCAGUGGCAAAAACAAACAGAAACAAUUUUGUCGUUUCACCUAUUGGUGCUUACCUGGCAUUGACAGAUGCAUCUUUCGGAGCACGAAGACAUACAGAAGAUGUAUUCAACAACCUUCUCAAGCUCACCGGUGUACCAUCGGAUAUGAAAAAAAUGGGCGCACUAAUGAUCAAUGGACUCUUUAAUAGUUUCGACAAAUCAGAGCUGCGUGUGGCCAGCGGAAUAUUCGUUUCUUCAGAGAUCGAGCUGAAUUCUAAUUUCAUAGCUGACACCACAAAAUAUAGAUGUCGGCCUGCCCAAAGUGCCAAUUUUUGGAAUCCAGUCGAAGCGACUAACUUCAUAAACAGUUGGAGCGACAAAUGUACAAAUGGAGGUGUUCGAAACAUUAUAGAUCAUAACUUGGACAGAAAUACCCAGGCAGCUCUCUUCAGCGCCGUAAACUUCAAAGGGACACCGAUGUAUCGAUUAGUCCCUCUAAGUGCUUCUGAGAUGGUUGCAGAAGGAAUUGCGUUCACCUAUGAAAAUGGUACAACUGGGCAAUUACCUUUUAAAUCGGGAUUUCACUGGGUACAGUAUGGAGAAUAUCCGGAAGUGGGAGCUUCUUUCAUUGAAAUUCCGUACAAGUCCGAUGUUUUUUAUCACAAUAAGAGCAUGUUCAUCAUAAUACCAAAACUGAGCUCAACUUUGGCCUAUCUUGAAAAGAACUUUCAUCGAAUUAGCGUGAAGAAGCUUUAUGAGCGUAGCACUAGAACACCCUUGACGAUUACACUACCACAAUUCGAAAUUAAAAGUCAUCUCGACAUCGGAAUCAUCCUGAAAAAAAUGGGAUUUGAGCACAUAUUCGAUACGAAGAAAGCAGAUUUUUCAGGAAUCUUUUCACGGAAAAAUUUCUGUACUAAAAAUGUGUUUAUCCCUGACAUCGCUAUAACUCGUGUUGUGCAGAAAACAUCUAUAAAUAUAGACGGCAAGGGCAUCAAGUACAAUCCGCCCUAUGAUGAUUCCUAUUUUUUUGAAUUCGAGGCGUUAUCUCCAUUCUACGUUAUCGUCGCCACAGCAGGCAAGAAUCCUAUAAAUAUUCUCACCGCUCGGUUCACCGGCAAAGAAUAAUAAGAAUUCUGACGACGCAUCUCGAUUUGACGUUCCACGAGAAAACUUCAAAUCAACACGACGACAUUCGGGCAAAAAUAUGUUUAAAGUGAAAUAAUUUUUAUCGCCAUGUAAUUUUUACAUUCGUCAAGCAAAACAUUUAAACAAAA